AUGAAAUUCAAUUCCGCAUUCAUCUUUUACUUCGUUUUUAUUAUUAUGAUGAUGACAUUUAAUUUCUCUCAUGCUCAAGAGACAGAGACUCAAAGAAAAGGGUGCAGAAUUAGAGUUUAUAGACCUAAACAAGGGUCUAAUUUUCGAUUUUACAGUUGGAAUUAUGUAGAAUAUAGUGUUAGUAGUGGUUGCUUUAAAGAUAAAAGAGACAGGAUUGAUAUCAGUGUUAUUAAUGCUGAUGGUAAAAAAGCUUAUAAUAUCAUCAAAAAUGGUUAUUUGAAAAAUACUUCCAGAAGAAUUAGAUAUUUGAUUAAUCCAAGUUGGGCGAAUGACGGGAGCAAAUAUUAUGUUAAGGUUACUGUGAAUAAACGUACGAGUGGAAAUUCCGGUUAUUUUACAACUCACGAAUAA